AUGGGACAUGAGAAACCUGCUGACGUAGAGAGACCCGAGUCACGUGAUAUUCUUCCGGUAACCGGAGCUCCACCGCCUUAUUCCCCGCUCCUCAGCCCUACACGUUUCUUCCCAUUGUCCGGAGAACCGAGUCCGAGGCAAACGUUAAAGCGAGGGAAGAAGAACAGAUUAAUCCGUACUUGGUACGAGCAAAGAACGGCUACAACAGCCAUCUGCGUAAUCGUCAUUUUGUGUGUCUUCUUUCUUGUGAAUUGGUUAAUGCUCUCUCGUCUUCACGAAGGACGAGUUUGGCUUCGAAAAGGGUUCACUAAGAAACCAAACGCGAUCUCUAAAUGGGUUUCUUCUACACAGAAUGAUGAGCGUAAAAAGUUUGGAAAAUCAAAGAGAAAAGAUAAUGGAACAUAUGAUAGAAUGUUGGGUUUAGCCGCUCAGGCUUUGCUAAAGAACAAACUUGAGCCAAAAGAGUUAUGGCAGGAGCCUAAGGCACAAGCUCUGGCUUGGAAGCCAUGUUCUGAUGAACGUUCUUGGUCUCCUGAUGAUGGAAAAAAUGGAUAUAUUAUGGUAACUGCAAAUGGAGGGAUUAAUCAACAAAGAGUUGCUGUAUGUAACAUCGUUGUUGUAGCUCGCAUGCUCAAUGCAACUCUCGUCAUUCCAAAAUUCAUGCUAAGCGACGUUUGGACAGAUGCAAGUCAGUUCGGAGAUAUAUAUCAAGAAGAGCAUUUUAUCAAGUACUUGUCUCCUGAUAUUCGGGUAGUCAAGGAGCUACCAAAAGAGCUUCAAUCUUUGGAUCUUGAAACAAUCGGCAGCGUUGUUACGGAUGUGGAAUUGAUGAAAGAAGCCGAACCAGACUUCUAUAUGAAACACAUUCUCCCAAUACUACACAAAAACAAAAUAAUCCAUUUUGUUGGAUUCAGCAACCGCUUAGCCUUUGAUCCAAUGCCUUUUGACUUACAGAGGCUUCGGUGCAGAUGUAACUUCCACGCGUUACACUUUGUCCCAAGAAUACAAGAAACAGGAGCGUUGCUAGUGAAGAGGUUACGUAACAGCAGCGGACCUUACAUUGCACCACUUGACUAUCUUGCUCUUCAUCUACGGUUUGAGAUCGACAUGGUGGCUCAUUCUCUAUGUUACUUCGGAGGAGGUGAAAGGGAACAGCAAGAGUUGGAUUCUUAUCGCCAAAAACACUUUCCUUCCCUCUCAAAUCUAACCAAAACAAAGAAGUUACCAUCUCCAGAUGCUUUGAGAACGGAAGGGCUUUGUCCGUUAACACCAGAAGAAGCAGUGCUAAUGCUCGUGGCUCUUGGUUUCAACCGUGAAACACGAGUCUUUGUAGCUGGUGCACAUAUAUACGGAGGAACAAAACGUUUAGCUGCGUUAACUAGCUUAUACCCUAACCUAGUCACCAAAGAGAAACUACUCUCUCCAUCUGAGCUGCAACCUUUCAAGAACUUCUCUUCUCAGCUAGCGGCUUUAGAUUUCAUCGGUUGUGCAGCGGCAAACGCUUUUGCGAUGACGGAUUCAGGGAGCCAGCUAUCGUCUCUUGUGUCGGGUUAUCGGAUUUAUUAUGGAGGUGGGAAGAUGCCGACGAUUAGACCGAACAAAAGGAGGCUUUCGGACAUAUUGUUGAAGAACAAUACGAUAGCGUGGAACGUGUUUGAGAAGAGAGUGAGGAAAGCGAUUAGACAGACAAAACAUGUCUUCGCUAGACCAUCUGGACGCAGUGUUUACCGUUACCCAAGAUGUAAAGAAUGCAUGUGUAAUGAUCAACAACAUUGA